CUUCCCUGGGCGGAGCCUGCGCCGCAGACUUCCGAGGCCCUGGCUGGAGCGCUGGUGAAUGGCCCGGCGGGCGGGCGGAGAGAGGUGGCGCAUCGGCCUCGGGGCUCCGGGGCAACCCGUGGCCCUUGGGUCUCGACCUGACUUUGAACCGUAAGAAUUCAUCCCGCUUCCUACCGGGCUGUCCCAACUCUGUGGCACCUCUGUCCCGGAGUGACCGCCUUCUCUUCUCCCGGUCCUUCCAACUGGCCGCCUCCAGCACUCAGAACGCGAUGGCUGUUCCAUGAGGUCAAGACUGGGUCUCCCCCUUCUACUGCUUUACUAAUGCCCAGUCUCAUGGGGUUAGUUUUGAGCCCAACAUUAUGGCAUCAUCGACCUCCCUCCCUGCUCCUCAGUCCCAGUCCAAGAAGCCUCUGGGCAAGAUGGCUGAUUGGUUCAGGCAGACCCUGUUGAAGAAGCCCAAGAAGAUGCCUGUUAACCCAGAAAACUACUCCAGUGAUGAUUCCCAGCCAGCCUCACGGGACAGCCACCCAGCCCCAUACCUUAAUUCAGUCACGUCUCCCAACCCACCAUCAACACAUAUGGACACGAGCAGCAGCAGUGGCCGCUGGAGCAAAGACUAUGACGUCUGUGUGUGCCACAGCGAGGAGGACCUGCUAGCUGCCCAGGAACUGGUUGCCUACCUGGAGAGCAGCACUGCCAGCCUGCGUUGCUUCCUGCAACUCAGGGAUGCAACCCCAGGUGGCGCCAUUGUAUCUGAGCUGUGCCAAGCACUGAGCAGUAGUCACUGUCGUGUGCUGCUUAUCACCCCAGGCUUCCUUCACGACCCUUGGUGCAAGUACCAGAUGCUGCAGGCCUUGACGGAGGCCCCAGGGGCCGAGGGCUGCACCAUCCCCUUGCUGAGUGGCCUGACCAGAGAAGCCUACCCCCCUGAGCUCCGAUUCAUGUACUAUGUGGACGGCAGAGGUCCUAAUCGUGGCUUUCACCAAGUCAAGGAAGCUGUCAUGCGUUAUCUGCAAACACUCAGUUGACACUUCUUAUGUUACCAUGGGACCCAGGAAGUUGGAAUAAAGCUGGACAUAGCCCAUAUAGGGCCUCAGAUUCAAGCAGAUGUAACAAGGAAUCAGGAGACAGUCUGCAGCACUUUGUAGUGACCCUGGGAUCAGACUGCCCAUCAGGCUUCUAUUACUGUGGGCUCCCCAGGAAGGUCAUGGGGAAGUCAGGGACUGUCCCAGGAAGGCCACAAGGAAGCUGGGGACUCCCCAAGGAAGACCAUGAGGAAGCAGGGGAAUCCCCCAGGAAGCCAGAAAUAGAAGUUGGUAUGAGGUGCUGGUACCAGCAGGGUCAGCAGUGUUUUGCCUGCUGCCUCACUGGACAGGAAGCCUCACACAUACCUGUCUCCUUCCCUGGAACUGGGCACUGGUGUAGAAAGGCAACCCUCCUAAAGCAUGUAACUAUCAAUGAGCUGGAAGCCUAGACUGCAGGUCUCAGCAUGGAUGCUCUUCCCAGUUGCCUGGAGAAGCCCUGAAACAGGCAUCAGAAGAAAACAACAGGUAUCAAGUCCUUCAUACACACUACUGCUGUUCUCUCUGCUGUUCUCUCCCAGAGACAUGGACUCACUUCAAAAAGCUGGAUGAAAGGUGCAGUCAGAACUGUGCUUUAUUUAUUACACAAGUGCCAUUAUAUGCAAAUCUAGGGUUGCAGAUGUAGCUCAGGGGUAGAGCAUGUGCCUAGCAUGCAUGAGGCCCUGGGUUUGAUCUCCAGCACCAAAAAAGAAACAAACCUAGAAGCCAUUCUGAAUGUACAGGAGAUGGAAGAACUGGGUGGGGAAGCCAGAGAAGGAAAGCCAGGGCUCAGGGCUCAACCUUUACCUGGGUCAAAAGUCCACUGAUCUGGACUGGGGAUGUAGCACAGUGGUAGAGUGCUUGCCUAGCAUGCCUGUAGCCCUGGGUUCUCUCCCCAGCACCUAAAAAACAAAGAACAAAAAACUUCUGAUCCUGUGGUAAUUGCGAACCCCAUCAGAGGCCUGGCUCUGGUUGGAGCUGAUGCAGCAGACUGUUCCUUGCAGGACAGGCAGGGUUUCAUUUAUCUGUUCUCAAUAAGUUUGUUAUUGAACUGAAAUGAAUUUCAUUGUUUCCCCCAAUGUGUACUUCUGUGCCUCUUCUUUCAUUAGAACUCCUCUUUUACUGAAAAUAAAAAUAAUUUUUUUUGCACAAUACUGGGCAUCAAACCCAGGGGCAUUUAACCAUCAAGCUACAUUUACAGCCCUAUUUUUCUUUUUGAGACAGGGGUCUUGUUAAGUUGCCCAAGCUGGCCUUGAAUUUGCAACCCUCCUGCGUCAGCCUCCUGAGUUGCUGAGAUUACAGGUGUGUGCCACCACACCUGGCUAAUUUUUACUUUCUAAAGUAUGAAUUAUUAUAUACAAAAGAACUAAGGAAUACUAUAAUGCAACAACGCUGCAGCACAGCUUAAGAAGUAAAACCUUGGGCUGUGGGUGUAGCUCAGUGGCAGAGCACUUGCCAAGCAUGCAUAAGGUUCUGGGUUCAGUUCCCAGCAUUGAUAAAACAAAGCAAACUCUUAUCAUCCCUAAGGUUCUUCUUUUGUGCCCUGAUUUCUAGUCCUCUCACUUCCCCAUCAAAAGUAACCACUAUUCUGAACUUUAAACUUUUUAGGUUUUCUCUAUAAAGUUAUGUUUGUAUGAUCAAAUUAUGUUUAAUUUUACAUGGUUUUAUAUCUCAUACAAAUGGCAUUAUAGUGUUUGUAUGCUGUGGGUGCCUUUGUUUGUUCCCUGUGAGAUUUAUCCAUGUUGGUAAAUGUUACUCCAGUUAAUUUCCUUUCAUUUCACUAUGUAAAUAUACCACUAUUGUUAUACAUUCUUCUACAAAUGGAUAUUUGGUUUCCAAUUUUCUGCUACUAAAAACAAAUGAGCCUGUGAACUUUUGCACAUUUCCGUUAUCAAGAUUUUCUAGGGUUUAGCUUAGAUGGGGAAUAGGCAAGUAGUAAAGAAUAUAAAUUUUCAGCUUAUUAGAAGAUGUUGAAGUUUCUUCCUAAAUAUUUAAGUAUGUAUCUCUAAAUUAUUAGGUGUUUUUAAAAUGUCUGACAAUAUUAUCUUUUUUAAAAGUUUUAAUAUAAAAUAUUUUACCUAUUACUUUUUUGUCCGUGCUUUUUGUGUCUUAGGAAAUUCUUCCCUACUCCUACACUUCCUUCUAGAAGUAUUUGUCACAUUUAGGUUUUUAACCCACCUGGAUUUCUAGGGGACAGGGGUGUUUUGUUCUUGAUUUUUUAAGAUAAAAAUUUUUCCCACAUUUUCUAUCAGUUACUGAGUGAUUCAUUUUUUCUCUGAUUGUGAUCUCACCACUGUCAAGUAUUAUUAUAUGUGGGGGGGUCUGUUACUAGGUUCUUCAUUCUCCUAUAUUUGUCCCUUCAUGUCUUGGUGCCAAACUGUCUUAAUAUUUUAAUCAACUUUUAUAGCCUUUCAGUCAAUUCUCCCAGUUGUUUUUAUUCAUCUAUAUUACUUUGACUUUUCUGAUUCCUUUACUCUUUGUUUCUUCAGUUUUUCAGGUUCCAGGAAAAAGCCUGUGAGUGUACUUUUAUUGAACUUACAUUGAAUUUGGAUUUAUUUAGGGAGAACAGAUGUUUUGAGAUAGAACCUUUAUAGCUAUAAAAAUGGUUUGUCUCCAUUUAUAUCUUUAAAUGUGUCUCAAUAAAGAUAUAUCCUUUCCAUAUUGGUUA